GGACUGGGGUAAUGGCUAGGCUUUUAAAGGCUUCUAUAUCUCCAAUUCAACUUGUUUAUACUUUCUUCUCUCAUCUGUUAUAGAAUUACUUACCAGAGUCGUCCUUUACCUCGCCAUAACACACUCCCAAUCCCAUCUUCCAACCAUUACAAUGCGUGGAAUCCAAGUCUCCAAAUACGUCGACGGCCCCUCCGCCCUCACCGUCACAACUCACCCCACCCCCUCCCCUUCCCCCAACCUCUACCAGAUCACCAUCCACGCCACCGCAGCCAACUUCUUCGACCUCCUCCAAAUCCAAGGGAAAUACCAGCACCAGCCCCCCCUUCCCUGGAUCUCCGGCUCCGAAUUUGCCGGCGUCAUCACUGCGCUCCCUACCUCGCCUUCUUCCCGGCCAAAAUUCAAGCUCGGCGACCGCGUCUUCGGCGCCGCGCAGGGAGGGUUCGCUACUCAUGUUCUCGCGCCGGAGGGAUCCCUCCGCGCUGUGCCGAGGGGCUGGACCUUUGAUGAUGCGGCGGGCUUGUUCGUCACUGCGCCUACGGGAUACGGUGCGUUAGUCACCCGCGCGAAUGUGCAGAAGGGCGAGUGGGUGCUGGUCCACGCCGCCGCCGGAGGAGUUGGCUUGGCUGCUGUACAGGUUGCGAAGGCGAGGGGUGCGAAGGUUAUCGCUACCGCGGGAACGGCGGCGAAGUUGGCGGUGGCGAAGAGCUUCGGGGCUGACUACGGCAUCAAUUAUGGGGAUAAGAAGUGGGUCGAGGAGGUUAUGAAGAUCACAGGAGGGAAGGGGGUUGAUGUUGUGUUUGACCCUGUUGGAAUGGUGGAUAUUUCGCUCAAGUGCACAGCGUGGAAUGGACGGAUUGUGGUUGUUGGGUUUGCAGCGGGGACGAUCGAGAAGGUUGCUAUGAACAGGGUGUUGUUGAAGAAUGUGAGUCUUGUUGGACUGCACUGGGGACGCUAUGUUAAGGAGGAGCCGGCGAUGGUGGAGGAGGUAUGGGCGGGGAUUUUUGAGAUGAUUGAGCGCGGGCAGUUCAGGGGGACGGUGUUUACAGACAAGGCGUAUGUUGGGUUGGAGACUGUGCCAGCGGCGUUGGAGGCGCUGGGGAGUAGAGGGACGUGGGGGAAGGUGGUUAUCAAGGUGCCACAGGGGGAUUCGUCGAAGUUGUAAGGAGGGUAUGUUAUGUACGCUUAUGAAGGUGUGAGCUAGCUCGCCUGGGAUGUCAAUAUGUCCAAUAUGUCCAAUA